UCAGAUGUGUUCGUCAUUUGCAUAUUGCUGUGAGAUUAGCUGCAUAUAAAUGUAUUACAGCUAUGGCCAUUUCAACGACAUUGGAUGUGAUGGGUUCGGUUAUUGAGAAUGUGGAGCCUAUGUUAGGUGACAUUACAUCUAUACAUUCUAAACAAGGAGCUGGCAUGCUUGUCAGCUUGCUUGUCCAAGGACUUGGUAUCGAGCUGGUUCCAUAUGGUCCCCUCUUAGUAGUUCCCCUUCUGAGGUGUAUGAGUGAUUCAGAUCAUUCUGUCAGACAGAGUGUGACACAUAGUUUUGAAACCCUCGUGCCUCUACUUCCAUUAGCAUGUGGUGUUUCUCCUCCUGUUGGUCUUAGUGAACACCAAUCAAGAAGUCAAGAAGAUGUUAAAUUUUUGGAGCAGCUAAUUGAUAACUCUCAUAUUGACAAUUACAAACUCUCAACUAAACUAAAGGUGACAUUGAGAAGGAUCAGUAAGGAGGGUCAAAUUUGAAUGGUGGGCGCCACAACUCAACGUGAUCUAGAUUGGAGUGAAUAAUGAAGAAUUUUUAAAAAAUUUUGAUAUACGUUUAUAUACAUUUGGUUUUGUGUGGAACUUGAUACAAAUUUUUAUUAUGUUUUCUAAUUAGUAUGUAAAAGACAUGUUUUUUGAAAUCAAAUCUAUGCGCUUCAAUUAUUUAUUA